AUGAGGUUCGAAGCUUCCAUCGUCGUUGCCACUCUGGCUGCUAGCGCUAUCGCCGCCCCGUCUCAGGCACACUCUGCGAAGCGAUGGGAAACCGAAGGCACCCAGAAGUUUCCAGCUCACUACAUUGCUUCCGUUCGCCAGAUCGUCGACGAGAACCUGAAGGCCAAGCGUGAGAUUGACCAGCUUCUGGCUGGUCAAGCUGCAGGAGCAGAAGGCGUCGCUAAUAUCAUCGGCCGUGCCAACGGUGAUGCCGAAGACAACGUGGUGGCGUUUGGUGCUCCAACUGGUCCGGGUAGACUUCACGGCCCUAGGGCUAGAGCCGAAUCGGCCACUGCUGCUGCUAAGGCCUCUGCUGCGAAGGACGCCGCUGCUAAGAAGGCCUCUGCUGCAAAGGACGCCGCUGCUAAGAAGGCCUCUGCUGCAAAGGACGCAGCUGCUAAGAAGGCCUCUGCUGCAAAGGACGCAGCUGCUAAGAAGGACGCUGCUGCCAAGAAGGACGCAGCUGCUAAGAAGGCCUCUGCUGCAAAGGAUGCAGCUGCGAAGAAGGCCUCUGCUGCAAAGGAUGCAGCUGCGAAGAAGGACACUGCUGCCAAGAAGGACGCAGCUGCUAAGGACGCAGCUGCUAAGAAGGACGCAGCUGCCAAGAAGGAUGCUGCUGCUAAGAAGGACGCAGCUGCCAAGAAGGAUGCUGCUGCUAAGAAGGACGCAGCUGCCAAGAAGGAUGCUGCUGCUAAGGACGCAGCUGCUGCUAAGGACGCAGCUGCCAAGAAGGAUGCUGCUGCUAAGGACGCUGCUGCCAAGAAGGACGCAGCUGCUAAGAAGGACGCUGCUGCCAAGAAGGCCUCUGCAGCAAAGGGCGCAGCUGCUGCUAAGAAGACCUCUACAGCAAAGAGUGCGGCCAGUGCUAAGGCAACAGCUACUGCCAAGGGCGCAGCCGGUGCUAAGGCAUCAGCUACUGCUGCUAAGAAGUCCUCUACAGCGAAGAAGUCCUCUGCAGCGAAGAGUGCGGCCAGUGCUAAGGCGACAGCUACUGCUGCUGCUGGAGCUAAGGGCGCAGCCGGUGCCAAGGCCUCUGCAACAAAGAGUGCGGCUGGUACUAAGGCAUCAUCAUCUGCUGCUGCUAAGGCUUCCUCUGCAGCGAAGAAGUCCUCUGCAGCAAAGAGUGCGGCCAGUGCUAAGGCGACAGCUACUGCUGCUGCUGGAGCUAAGGGUGCAGCCGGUGCCAAGGCCUCUGCAACAAAGAGUGCGGCUGGUACUAAGGCAUCAUCAUCUGCUGCUGCUAAGGCUUCUGCAGCCAAGGACGCGGCUGGAGCCAAAACCUCGCCUGCUGCUGCCACGGGUACUGCUGGAGCCAAAGGUUUGACCGACAAGGGCGUGGCCGCUGCGAAGCCCUCGCCAGCUGCUGCAGUGGGUGCUGCUACAGAUGCUACAAGCGCUACAGAUGCUACAAGCGCUACGGGUGCUACAAGCGCCACAGAUGCUGCAAGCGCCACAGAUGCUACAAGCGCUACGGGUGCUACAAGCGCCACAGAUGCUGCAAGCGCCACAGAUGCUACAAGCGCUACAGAUGCUACAAGCGCCACAGAUGCUACAGACGCUAUAGAUGCUACAAGCGCUACAGAUGCCACAAGCGCUACAGAUGCUACAAACGCCACAGAUGCUACAAGCGCUACAGAUGCUACAGAUGCUACAAACGCCACAAACGCCACAAACGCCACAAACGUCACAAACGCCACAAACGCCACAAAUGCUACAAAUGCCACAAAUGCUACCGAUGCUACAAGCGCUACAAAUGCUACAAAUGCUACAAAUGCUACAAAUGCUACUGAUAUUACAUGCAAUGGCGGCAAUGCCUCUGGAGCCACGGGUGCAGCUGGUGCUAAGGUCCCUGGAGCCAAGGGUGCAGCUGGUGCUACUGGAGCCAACGGCGCCAACGCUGCUAAGGGAGCCAACGGAGCCAAUGGUGCGAAGACUGCCAACGGUGCCAACGGUGCAAAGGGUGCAAAGG